GCUGCAAGUAAUUAUGGCAACCUCAAGAAACGGUACGAAGAUAUGGCUAGACAGCAGGGCGCGGAGAUAGAAGUGAAGAAGCUGUUGAUCGCACCCAAGCAUCUUGAUACUGAACGUGUUAAGUCUCUUAUGGCUGUCGCGAAAGAUGGAGAAGCGCCGCUGUACAUUCAGACUCUUGUCAAAAUCAUACGGGAUAUUGCCAUCCAAUCAGGUGGCAUGGGAACUUUUGAUUAUGCAAAACUGAAAGCAGAGCUUGAUGCACAGAUGUUCUCCAAAAAACAGAAUCAGCCUCUGAACUUACGGAUCAAUCUCCUUGAAAGCUUUCUCGACCACCAGCCAAAGCCAGACCCGUUCGCAGAUUCAACGCAGAAGCAGUGGUUGCCGAGCCCAGACUACCUCAUCGGUGCACCUGGUAAGCUGGUGAUCGUGGAUUUAACGGACCCCGUGGUAGACGUUGACUCUGCUUGUGUCUUGUUUGAUACAUGCCUCUUGAUUUUCGUAGCGCAAACAACUUGCGGAAAGAUCAUCGCGCUUGACGAGGCACACAACUACCUAAUCAACGAGAACAUGGCAGCGAAGCAGUUUACUGGCAAGCUACUAAAGAGUAUUCAAGAGCAGCGUCAUCAGGGCACGCGUAUCGUCAUUGCAACACAAGAGCCAAGUCUGGACACCGCUCUACUUGACCUAUGCAGCAUCAUCAUGGUACAUCGCUGCAGUAGUCCAGCCUGGUUCGCAGUCUUGAAGAAGCAUGUUGCGGGUCUGUACCUCAGCAGUGAUGGGAUUGAGGAAGAUGGCAAGAAGGUCCCGACAAGUAUUGAUGAGCGGGCGUUAUUUCGGCAGAUUGUGAAAUUGAAGUUGGGUGAGAGCUUGCUCUUCUGUCCGAUGGCUGCGGUGGACUUCAACAGCGGCGAGCUGCAAAGGAUGGCGGACCAAUUUGUGAGGUUUAGAACGAGGCAGCGCAUCACUGCUGAUGGAAGCCGGACUCGGCUUGCUAAUGGUGCAUGA